GCCCCGCAUUCUGGAAUGGACCUGGCGAUGGAGCCCGACGAGGACUACCAGUCCCCCUUUGAUUUUGCCGCCGGAGUGAACAAGGAGUACCUGUACCUGUCUCCCAGGGGGCACCUGUCGCCGCCCGGGUCGCCGGUGCCGCCGAGACUCGGUCUGCUGAGAACAGACCCAGUCCCCGAGGCUGGAGAGGAUGCUGCUGCCACGAUCAGUGUCACGGAGACCCUGUCCGAGGAGGAGCAAGAAGAGCUGAGGAGCGAGCUUGCAAAGGUGGAAGAGGAGAUCCAGACUCUGUCUCAGGUGCUGGCCGCGAAGGAGAAGCACCUGGCGGAGAUCAAGCGGAAGCUGGGGAUCAGCUCCCUCCAGGAGCUCCGGCAGAACAUUGCCAAAGGGUGGCAGGACGUGACCGCGACGCCUGCAUACAAAAAGACGUCUGAAACCUUGUCUCAAGCCGGACAGAAAGCAUCGGCUGCUUUUGCAUCGGUGGGCUCGGUCAUCACCAAGAAGCUGGAAGACGUAAAUAUACGCUCCAUUCAGCAUUCAAUUAGCAUGCCCGCUAUGAGAAACUCCCCAACUUUCAAAUCAUUUGAAGAGAAGGUUGAAAACUUAAAGGCAAGUAGAGAGUCUAAAGUAGGGGGGACCAAGCCUGCCGGCGGUGAUUUCGGAGACGUCUUGAAUUCGACUGCCAGUGCUAGUGCCACGGCCACGGAGCCUCUUCCAGAGCAGACCCAGGCGGGCCCGUGAGGUCCUGCCACUGUCCUGCACCACUGCCAGAUGCUGCCAGCGAGACCCAAGCACAUCUUGUCAGCCUUCAUCGCCGUGAAUUCCCACCCCACGUGCUUUCAUUUCGCCUUAUGUAUUCCUUUGACUAAAUAGUCUGUGGGUUAAACAAAAUAAAAAUAUCUUCACCUCUGUC